AUGCUCAAUGGGUCGAGCCCCCAGGCAGGCAAAAUCUGGAAGAAGGCCAACCUAACCUUUUCCUUUGAUGGCAAAAAAAUGACCGAGACUUUCCUCAUUUGCAAUACAGGGUCUCACGCCGCCAUCUUGGGAUUGAAGUGGCUAGACGCCCACAACCCAGAAAUUGAUUGGAACCAACGCACCCUCUCCUUUCCCCAUGCCCCACUGGAACACGUGGCCAUUGCCAAAGAGGAGGAAGCUGACGAGAACCCCCUGGAAGGAGUACCCCCCAAGUACCAUCAAUACGCCAAGGUAUUUGGAGAGGAAGAAUUCAAUAAGCUUCCCCCUCACAGGCACUACGAUAUCGGCAUUGAACUCACCAAAGAAGGCCCCCUCAACUCCCCUCUUUAUAGUAUGACAGACGCUGAGUCCGCCACACUCAAGGACUGGCUCAGGGAUGAGUUGAAAUCUGGAAAGAUCCAACCAAGCAAAUCUUCCAUUAAAAAACGUGUACCCGCUGCCCGUCCAGAUGAUCUCAUGGCCCAACUCCGUGGCGCCAAGAUCUUCACCAAGUUAGACCUAAGAUGGGGGUACAACAAUGUCCGAGUCAAGGAAGGCGAUGAAUGGAAAACCGCGUUCCGCACCAAGUAUGGCUUGUACGAAUCCUUGGUCAUGACAUUUGGUCUCACCAAUGCUCCCGCCGCCUUUCAACAUUUCAUGAACAAAUUGUUUAAGGACCUACUAGACGUAUGCGUCAUCAUUUACCUUGAUGACAUCCUGAUCUACUCAAAGGACAAUGCAUUGCACACACAGCACGUUCAUGAGGUCUUACGGCGUCUGAUGGAAAACCAACUGUUCUGCAAGGCGUCAAAAUGUACUUUCCACGUGACCUCAGUGGAAUACCUUGGGAUUAUUGUCUCCGAUAAGGGCUUUAGCCUGGAUAAGCUCAAAAUCCAGGCAGUACAAGAAUGGCCGGUACCAACCAAGGUUAAGGAAGUACAAUCCUUCCUUGGGUUUGCCAACUUCCUACGCCGCUUUGUUGCCAAUUUUAGCCAUAUGGCCAGACCGUUACACAACCUGGUCAAAAAGGACACACCGUGGAAAUGGGAAAUCAAGGAGCAAGAAGCAUUCCAAGGGCUGAAGGACGCCAUCACUAACGCACCAGUACUACAUCACGCAGACCCUUCCAAACCCUACUUCCUGGAAACCGAUGCCUCAGGAGCGGCACUAGGUGCCAUACUCAGCCAACGUCAGGAAGACGGCCGUCUCCAUCCGCUAGGCUUCCUAUCCAAGUCAUUCAAAGGUGCCGAGCAAAACUACGACACCCAUGACAAAGAGCUCCUAGCUAUCAUCCGCUCUUUUGAAUAUUGGCGCAUUUUCUUGGAAGGAACCGCUUAUCCUGUCACCGUAUUCACCGAUCACCGCAACCUGGAGUACUGGAAGGAGUCCCGAACAUUCAACCGUUGCCACGCUAGAUGGCACCUACUGUUAGCAGGAUAUAACUUCCAAAUUAUCUACCGCCCGGGGAAACAGUCCGGAAAACCUGAUGCCCUCUCACGACGUGCUGAUCAUGCCGACGUUCCACCCACCGCCCAAACCAUGCUUCCAGAGCCAAUAUUUGCCAACGUGGCCCUAGUGACCCCUGAAAAGGAGCUUCAACGCCAGAUUGAGGCUGCCCUGGACCAGGACAAAUCCCUGGAGGAAAUACUACAAUUCCUCCAAAAUGAGUCCAAGGCACCCUCCUCCAUCAAACGCGCAUUCAAGGAUUACGAGAUGGAGGCCGGCCUACUCUUCUACCAAGGACGAAUCGUGGUCCCUGACGUUGGAACUCUGAGAACGGACCUACUUCGCAUCUUCCACGACAGCCCCUUGGCAGGACACCCAGGAAGACAGCGUACCUUGGAAUUGGUAUCAAGGAACUAUUAUUGGCCCGGCAUACGCGCUGACACAUACUGGCAUGUUGACUCCUGCGAAACCUGUCAACGGAUCCGAAAGCCCAAGUACGCAACCAUACCGCCCCAACCAUUAGAACUCCCCUCACGCCCAUGGCAACAUGUGUCGUACGAUAUGAUAGUGGACCUGCCAAAAGACGGAAGCAAUGACUCUAUCUUAGUUAUUGUGGACAGUUUUACUAAGUACGUUAUCUUGGUAGAGUGCUCCAAGAAGCUCAAAGCCCCGGAACUGGCGGACCUAUUCCUACGACACGUAUGGAAACGUUACGGCAUGCCUGAGAAAACGAUAUCGGACCGAGGACGGGUCUUUAACAAUAGAUUCUUGAAGGCCUUGUACCAACGCCUGGGGAUAGACCCCCACUUCUCCUUGGCCUACCACCCUCAGAGCGAUGGACAGACAGAACGCGUGAACCCGACGGUCAAGCAUUUUCUGAGGGCCUACUCAGGGGUAAACCAGAAGGACUGGGUCAAAUGGCUGCCAAUGGCGGAAUUUGCCUAUAACAAUGCGGUACAUAGUGCUACAGGCAAAUCCCCAUUCAGGGCACUAUACGGAUGGGAACCAUCCUUAACCCCAAGUAACCUACCAACGGACGUCCCUGAGGCAGACGAAUUGGCAACACAGAUGGAAGCACAAUGGCGGGAAAUAGAAUCCACGCUCCAGCAAUCAAAAUUACGUAUGAUAGCCGGAGAAGCAGGAGAACCACUCGAGUUUGAAAUUGGAGAAGAGGCCUGGUUAGACGCCAAAAACGUGAAGCUGAAGACUCUGAGUCCCAAGCUAACGGAACAACGCCUAGGUCCCUUCAAAGUGACCAAGAAAAUCUCCGAUCGCGCGUAUCGCCUGGAACUCCCGCCGUCCAUGAGAAUCCACGAUGUCUUCUACGUGGGGCUCCUGUCAAAGGUCAGAAGGGACAAAAAGCGCAACUUUGAGAACCGGCCCCCACCUGUCCUAGACGUCUGUAAGGACGUCGAGGGUGCGGGCGCUUGUGGCCGUGUAUCUAUACAGUAG